AUGUCUGAUGAUACUGCCAAGCAGGCAGCGUGCGAUCGUUGCCACAGACGCAAGGCAAAGUGCGAUAAAGCGUGUCCGCAAUGUUCAUCAUGCGCCAAAGCGGAGGUCCAGUGUAUAUACAGUCCCAAAGACCCACUUACCCGACGCCAGGAUGUAGAGAAGUUGGAACGGAGACUCAGGCAAAUGCAGGCAAAGAACGACGCUUUAUCGAAUCAGCUGCGUGAUGCCCAUCGCCGAAUUAGUGAUGCAGCCACGUCGAGUGUUGCAAAUUCAAAUCCAGGUCUACAGCAAGCCGCAUCAAUCAACAACGAAGUUGCAAGCCAGGUCACUCAUCUCAGUCUGGGAGCUGGGGGUGAACGACAGUAUUUGGGAUCAACGAGCGGCUUACUACUCGCCAACCUCCUCCAGACAGAGGGCCAACCCAGAAAUCGGGGCGAUCCAGAAGAUGAAAGUUACAACGCUGCUCGCACCUUUGGAUCUGCAGGCCAUCAGGGUGAUGCAAGUCCUCAUGCCGGAACCUUGCCACCUGAGAAACUUGCUCGAAGCUUGGUCUCUGCGUAUCUGGCCCACGACCAUCUCUGCUAUCCCUUCCUGAAUGCGAGGAAAGUGUUGAGCAGCCUCGAUUCCAUAUACCAGGACAAUUCAUUCUACCGCAAGCACCAUAUUGAAGCUUUUACGUUGGACAUGAUUCUCGCCAUCGCAACGGCUCAGGUCUCCAAGUUUGAUUGGCAAGUGAUGCCAGACGCCGAAACCCAUCACGACAAGGCGAUGGGAAGACUUGGCCUCGUCCUGGCAACUGGUGGAAGCGCUGCUCUCCAGGCUCUCCUGUUGCUAUGUCAGUACAGAAUUGGCAGCGGUCAAUACGAUGCCUCGGCAAGUCUCUGGCACCUUGUUGGUACCGCUGCUAGAAUGUGCUUUGAGCUCGGCCUCCACCGAGAGUCGAUUUAUUAUGCUUCUGGCCAGGUUGACGCCGAUGUGGACGAGGCCGCUUUGGAAGUUUCAGAGGUCAACAGACGGUGUUUUUGGUGCGUCCUUGCAAUGGACAGAAUUACGAGCAUCACCCUUGGGCGGCCAUUGGCUAUUCACUGGGAUGAUUUCGACACUGAGUUGCCAUGUACUGAAGCGACUAUAGCCGUCAGCCCAGAAAACAGGCUUUCUCCUGCUGAACCAGUGGGAAGUGCUCCAUAUCAAUUACGCACCGCCAUCUUCGUACUGAUAGUACGAUACCGAUUGAUUUGUGGCAGAAUCCUCACUUCACUACACAACGUCAUCCGUGCCAAAGCAGAGACUCCGUUUAACUACGAAACCAGGAGGAAUCUCAUCAUUGAAGAACUCGAAGCAUGGAGAGCCGACACUUUUACAUUGCCACUCGGAGACUCUCUCAGCGAGUCCGAUCGAUCCAGUUAUCGAAACCGUGAGUGGUAUGAACUUCUGUACCAGAAUGCUAUCUUGAUGCUAUAUAGGCCCUCGCCAUCCUUCCAUGACGCGGUCCCAGGUGGCGAUACACUUCAACGUAUCUAUGAUGCAUCACAAAGAUCCAUUAGCAUCUAUGCUUUCCUACAUAAGUCGCGCCGAAUUAAUUAUUCUUCAAUCACGCUUCAUGCAGUUUUCAUUGCUGGCCUGUCCUACAUUUAUGCGGUUCGAUCUCAUCUUCAAAUCCGUCGUCGCGGAAUGACAGCUGCCACAAAUUUGUCCUCCAUGGGUAAUUUGUCAGCAGAUCCGACCAUAAAUCAAAUUGUCAACACCACACGCGAUUGUUCUAAUGUCCUUGUGGCGGUCUCAGAGCGAUGGAGCACCGCUCGUGAUGCAUAUCAAGUAUAUGGAAGGCUGAGUGAUGCCCUGUUGAGUGACCUGGUAGAUUUCCAAAGUCAGGCUCGCGAUGGGUUCAGCAGUAACCUCACACAGUAUGCUGUUCCGAAUCAUGGGCAAGCCCAAAAUAUUUCGACUUCAGAAACCAACCCCGUCUUACGAUACCAAAUAGGCCAGUCUUUCUCGCCCGCGGCUAUGGUCGGCAUUGACUUUAGCUACCUCGACUCUUUCCAAGAUCUACAGAACUUCUAUCCAACUUAUGAUCUUGCCAAUGCUUCAGUCAUGCAGGCUUCUCAUGAUUGGCUGUAUGAGAUCCAAUCGUUGGACCAGUCUAACAAUGCGUUCGCUUCUGCGAGUGGCAUCAACUGA